UCACCUCUCUGCGGGGAGAGGAUCUGGUGAAAAGUACAAUCAGCUCUCGGAGAGUUUCAUUCAGGAGCAGAGCCGUCCCGAACAGUGCUUCGGACAUCUGAUCCACAAAACCAACCAGAAUCUUCUUACAGCUUGAAACUUGUGAAGCCGGACCGAAACAUCAUGCUGAGCAAAGAUCUACCAGACAUCGAGAACAUCUUGGCUCUGAAUCCCAGGGUGAAGACUCACACUCAGGUCGUGUCCACGGCGAGUAAGAAGAAAGAAAAGAAACACUGGAAAAGAAACCCUGAAAGGAACUGUGAUUCCUGUUUGAAGCUGGAGAACAACUUUGACGACAUCAAGCACACGACGCUGAGUGAACGAGGAGCUCUGCGAGAAGCGCUGAGGUGGUUUGUGAGAAAGGUUUGGACGUUAAGGGGAUGACUCUGUCGUCUCUGAAGAAGGAGGGAUUUAAGGCCGUCUUCAUUGGGAUUGGGCUCCCCCAGGCCAACAGGGCUCCGAUUUUCCAGGAUUUAACUGUGGAUCAAGGCUUUUUCACUUCCAAAGACUUCCUGCCCGUGGUGGCUUCUGCCAGCAAGAAAGGUAUGUGUCAGUGUCGCUCUCCGCUGCCGGAGCUGAAGGGGGUGGUGAUAGUUUUGGGGGCCGGGGACACUGCGUUCGACUGUGCCACCUCAGCUCUGCGCUGCGGGGCCAGGAGGGUGUACGUCUGCUUCAGGAAAGGCUUCACCAACAUCAGGGCUGUUCCUGAGGAGAUGGAGCUGGCUAAAGAGGAGCAGUGUGAGUUCCUGCCCUUUCUGUCUCCUCGCGAGGUCAUCAUGAAGGAUGGGCGGAUCGCUGGGCUGCAGUUCUGCCGCACCGAGCAGACGGAGGAAGGCGACUGGCUGGAAGACGAGGAUCAAAUUGUUAGACUGAAGGCUGAUUACAUCAUCAGUGCUUUUGGAUCCAUGUUGAAUGACCCACAAGUGACUGAAGCCAUGGCUCCCAUCAAGCUGACCCGCUGGGGCACCCCUGAGGUGAACACAGAAACCAUGCAGACCAGUGAGCCCUGGGUGUUUGCAGGAGGUGACAUCGCUGGUUUGGCUAACACCACAGUGGAGUCCGUAAAUGAUGGCAAGCAGGCCUCGUGGCACAUUCACAGAUACAUACAGUCUCUGCAUGGGCAAACAGUGGACAAGAUCCCAAAGCUGCCUUUGUUCUAUAGUGCCAUAGAUCAGGUGGACAUCAGUGUCGAGGUUUGUGGUAUUAAGUUUCCCAACCCAUUUGGCCUGGCUUCUGCACCCCCCACCACCAGCACAGCCAUGAUCAGAAGAGCCUUUGAACAAGGCUGGGGCUUCGCUCUGACCAAAACUUUUGGACUGGAUAAGGACCUGGUGACCAACGUGUCUCCUCGUAUUGUGCGAGGUACCACCUCAGGUCCUGUGUUCGGACCUGGUCAGGGCUCUUUCCUCAACAUUGAGCUCAUCAGUGAGAAGACGGCAGCUUACUGGUGUCAGUCGGUCACCGAGCUGAAGAAGGACUUUCCCAACAAUGUGGUGAUCUCCAGUAUAAUGUGCAGUUACAACAAAGAAGACUGGACAGAGCUGGCCAAGAUGGCUGAGGAGUCAGGAGCAGAUGCAUUGGAGCUGAACCUGUCCUGUCCUCAUGGGAUGGGAGAAAGAGGAAUGGGGCUGGCCUGUGGACAGGACCCAGUGUUGGUGCGUAACAUAUGUCGGUGGGUGCGUGCUGCCGUUUCCAUCCCAUUCUUUGCCAAGCUGACACCAAACGUUACCAACGUUGUCGACAUCGCCAAAGCUGCGCAUGAAGGUGGAGCAUCUGGAGUCACAGCCACCAACACGGUGUCCGGUUUGAUGGGUCUGAAGGCUGACGGCACUCCCUGGCCGAGUGUUGGUGGGAGCAAACGCACCACGUAUGGAGGGGUGUCUGGGAACGCCAUCAGACCCAUCGCUCUCAAAGCAGUGUCAGCCAUCGCCAAAGCCAUCCCUGGUUUUCCUGUUCUGGCCACCGGUGGCAUCGACUCAGCAGAGAGCGGUCUGCAGUUUCUCCAUGCAGGGGCCUCUGUGUUACAGGUGUGUAGUGCAGUUCAAAACCAGGACUUCACACUGAUUGAGGAUUACUGUGUUGGUCUGAAGACCUUGUUGUACCUGAAGAGCCUGGAGCUGACAGACUGGGACGGUCAGUCCCCUCCAACUGAAAAACACCAGAGAGGAAAACCAGUUCCCAGACUGGGGGAUCUGGUUGGGAAGAGCCUUCCUAGUUUUGGUCCAUACCUUCAACAGAGGACUGAAGCCAUUGCAAAAUACAAGAAACUUCUCAGAGAGGCUGGUGAAAGUGACGAGCCUGAAACAAACACUGACCGGGUCAACAAGCCCAAACGACCUGUGCCUGUUGUCAAGGACGUGAUAGCCAGAGCUCUGCGUCACAUUGGAGCGUACCAGGAGCUGGACAACAUGGAACAGGUCCAGGCUCUGAUAGAUGAAGACAUGUGUAUCAACUGUGGGAAAUGUUACAUGACCUGCAACGACUCUGGAUACCAGGCCAUAACCUUUGACCCAGAGACCCACCUUCCCUUCGUGACUGACAGCUGUACGGGCUGCACGCUGUGCCUCAGUGUCUGUCCAAUUAUAGACUGCAUCAAGAUGGUUAAUAGGACAACACCUCAUGUACCCAAGAGGGGGAUACCAGUUAGUCCUGUCUGCUAAAGAAUCAGAAAAAAUGUUUUCUGAUUAAUAAUUAGAAUAAACAAUAAAAGGUUUUUUUCUUAUAAUAUUGUGCCCCAAUAACGAAAAAGUGUUCAAAAUGAUUAAUUCAAUGGCUUUAUGAUAUUUCUCUUUUUAACUGAAUAGGCCAGGCAAAUACGUAAAAUGUUACAAGUAAAUAUUAUAUUUUAUAAUAAAUAAAGUAUUUGAUUUUUUUUUGUUUGAUUUAUUGACAGCUGAAAUAACAUAAGAGUUUAAAAUUUAAGGUCAGUGAUUUGUUUCUCAAAUUCAGUUUAUGAUAAAGUGACUGUAGUUAUUUCAUCUUCAAGUGACCGGGCUUUGCUGUUUGAUAAAAAUAUAUUUUAAUGUUUAAGGAAGUUAAUCUUUGAUGUGCUUCAUGGUUUGAAUAAAGUUUUCUGAUUCAUUAAACUGGACACUGGAGGACACAUUAAGUGAAUUUUUGCAAUAAUUACACAUCAAAUAACAA